ACACUGUCCCUUUAAGAGGUCGAACUACACCGGGAUUUCUUGCUUUAAAGUGUUUUCUCAGUCACCUCCUGCCGUGCGCAGUGACACGGCAUAAGAGGCGGUCUACAGCAGUCGGCAGCAUCCGACAGCAUCCCGCACCAUGGACACUUUACCAGAACUGAAGUGGACCAGGGUCCUUCAUAUCAGGAAUGUGAUUCCUACGUUGCUCUUGAUGCUGAAUGCGGCCACCAGGUUGAGUGCCCAGGACUCGGGAAUGGAGGAAUUGGCAACUGAUAAAGAAGCCGAAGAAAGUCACCGUCAGGACAGCGUAAAUUUACUGACGUUUAUCUUACUGCUGACCCUAACCAUUCUGACGAUAUGGCUUUUCAAGCACAGGCGAGUGCGUUUCCUCCACGAAACGGGAUUGGCAAUGAUAUAUGGUCUUCUGGUGGGGGUGAUCCUGCGAUACGGCAUCCCGGCUACCAGCUACCACCACAAGACGCCCCCCAGCUGCGUCCUGACCGAGGGUCCCAGCAGCACCCUGCUGCUGAACGUCAGCGGGAAGCUCUUUGAGUACACGCUGAAGGGGGAGAUCAACUCCCGCGAGAUCAACAACGUCGAGCAGAACGACAUGCUGCGCAAGGUGACCUUCGACCCGGAAGUAUUCUUCAACAUUUUGCUGCCGCCAAUCAUCUUCCAUGCUGGAUACAGCCUGAAAAAGAGGCAUUUCUUCAGGAACCUGGGCUCCAUCAUAACCUAUGCCUUCCUGGGUACGGCCAUCUCGUGCUUCGUUAUUGGGAACCUGAUGUACGGCGUGGUGAAGCUGAUGCAGAUGGUGGGCCAGCUGUCUGAAAAGUUCUACUACACAGACUGCCUCUUCUUCGGAGCCAUCCUCUCCGCUACAGACCCAGUGACGGUGCUGGCCAUCUUCACUGAGCUCCACGUGGAUGUGGACCUCUACGCUCUCCUGUUUGGAGAGAGUGUCAUGAACGACGCCGUGGCCAUUGUUCUCUCCUCGUCCAUCAUGGCCUACCAGCCCAGUGGAGCAAACACCCACAUGUUCGAUGCGGCGGCGUUCUUCAAGUCGGUGGGCGUGUUCCUCGGAAUCUUCAGCGGAUCCUUCGCCAUGGGUGCCGUCACAGGGGUUGUCACCGCCCUCGUCACCAAGUUCACCAAGCUGCACUGCUUCCCCCUGCUGGAGACCGCCCUCUUCUUCCUCAUGUCCUGGAGCACCUUCCUAUUGGCCGAGGCCUGCGGGUUUACAGGGGUGGUGGCGGUGCUGUUCUGCGGAAUCACACAAGCUCACUACACGUACAACAACCUGUCUGAGGAGUCCACCAAGCGCACCAAGCAGCUGUUUGAAGUUCUCCACUUCCUGGCUGAGAACUUCAUCUUCUCCUACAUGGGCCUGGCUCUGUUCACCUUCCAGAACCACGUCUUCAGCCCCAUCUUCAUUGCUGGAGCCUUUAUUGCCAUCUUCAUCGGGCGAGCGUGCAACAUCUACCCUCUCACCUUCAUGCUCAACCUCGGCCGUCGCCACAAGAUCACAGGGAACUUCCAGCACAUGAUGAUGUUCUCAGGCCUGCGAGGGGCGAUGGCAUUCGCCCUGGCCAUCCGGGAUACGGCUACGUACGCAAGGCAGAUGAUGUUCACCACCACCCUCCUCAUCGUCUUCUUCACUGUCUGGGUAUUUGGGGGCGGGACCACCCCCAUGCUGUCCAGACUCCAUAUCAGGGUGGGAGUUGAUCCAGAUCAAGAUCUCCAGCAGUCAGUAGACAACUUCCUGGUCCUCCAAGGGGAGGGCGCACAGGCCGAGGGCCGCAGCAAGACCAGGCAGGAAAGUGCUUGGCUCUUCCGGCUGUGGUACUCCUUCGACCACAACUAUCUCAAGCCCAUCCUGACCCACAGCGGUCCCCCCCUCACCACCACCCUGCCCCCCUGCUGUGGACCCCUGGCCCGCUGCCUCACCAGCCCACAGGCCUACCAGGACCACGAGCAGCUGAGGUCCAACGACUCUGACGUGAUCCUGACGGACGGAGACCUCAGCCUGUCCUAUGGCGACACGGCCGUCACCGCGCUCAACGGGGCGUCGGGGGGCGGGGCCUCGGGGGUGGGAGGGGGUGGGGCUUCCAGCUGGAGCACCAAUGGGAAGCGCAGCGGCAGCACGUCGGAGGAGGCGUUGGAGCGGGAGCUGGACUCCCGGGAGCAGGAGCUGCUGAGCCACGGCACGCGUCUCGUCUUCCCCAUCGAGGACCCCAUCUGACCCCCAUCCCCCCCGCCUCCUGCCUGUCGACCUCUGACCCCUGCCCUACCUCCCUGCUCCACUUUGAACGCACACACAACCCCACCCUGACCCCACCCAUGUCCACCUCCAUGCUUGACUGCAACCUGGCGAAGCCCUUGAAACCCUUGAAAAAAAAGGUCAGACGUGCAGAAAAGAGAAGGAUAUCGGAUAACAAAGUAUCCGAUUACGUGGAGGAUUCUGUUAAAUUGAAAGUUCGGAUGAGAUCAUCUGAACGGAUGAAGAGAUGUGAUCAAAAGGAAAGCAUCAAAUCCAUAAAGCGAUUCAAAUAAUCGAUCGAAUGAAGUGAUCGGAUUGUGUUGUCGACUGGGAUCUGGGACGUGUUGGUCAAGGGACCCAAGCCCGGGGAAUCCGGAGCAGAACUUUAAUGGGAAGUUUUAGUCGUUCCCUUGGAAACGGAAGACCGGAACACAAACACUCAGCUGUUAUACUGUGAUUUCAUUUAGCUGGUUCUUCUUUUAUUUAUUUUUUGCACAUUCUUGCGUAAAAAGGGUGUGAAAAUGCACAUUGCAGUUAUUGAGGAACAAUCUACUUUCAAGAGAGAAUACAUCUCAGCACUUUCAUAUUCUUUUGUCUGUUUCGAUACGAGUUUUAAAUGUGAAAAGAAGACACCGCCUCUUCCCAUCCUUUGUCAUGUGCCAGAGCUGGAGAAACCAUUCAUGACCGCUGGUUGCAUCCAGAUCUGCUAUCUUGGUGUUCUGAAUCUAAACACACAAACGUCCAAACAGCAUGGGAAUCAUGUUGUAAAUCUACACACACGCUGGUCUUCUCAAUCGAGAAGUUAAGUAAUUCUCAUUUUGUAGCAAAUUGCCUUGUGAGAAUGCCUCAGAGACCAAGCGUGUAUAUAUGAAACUAUCUGAAAGCCCUCCGUCCGGACAGCAGUGGUAGAAUACUGGGGACAAGGAGGGGGCAGGAUAAAGUCUGGCACGCUAGUUAGCGUCACAAUGCUCCGCUGGAUGAAAUUAGCCGGGCUAAGGCGCGCUGGCAUGCUAAUACAAUGCUCUACUUUCUCUUCGCUCGCGGUACAAUCGUCUUUUAAUGCUUCUCUUGUUGCCAUAGGCGAUAGCUUUUCAUAAACACUAUGCAGUCUUUGUCCUUAUGCUUUGAUUCAAUGUUUUUAUAUUUUUUUCGGAAUGAAUCUUGUGGUUUGAUCCCCCCCCUUUUGGUUUCACUGAUUUACCGAUUUGAACAAAAAUCCCCCAGCCACUGACUUUAUUAUUAUGUAAGAGGUUUUUUGAUACCUGACAUACUAAAGAGUGGUAUUUAUUCUGAUCAAUGUAUAUAAAUGCAAAGUUAUCAAAACUAAGAUCGGGCAUCAUUUUAUGAAAUGAAUGUGAUAGUAACACUGUUAAACAGCAAGGGAUCCAAAUCCAAAAAUGAAAAAAAAUAAUAAUAAUGAAAAUGCUGAUAUCAUAACUUUGUACAGUAGCAUUCACCAUUCUCCCUGAAUGACCUAAAACUCAGACUGGUAAACAGGUCAGCCUGAAAUGGGUUUGCUGACGAAUGCUGAAACCUCGAUAUAAAGAGCCUUGUUAAAUCUAAAGUGUGCAUCUAUUCUCUCUGGUUGAGAAUUGUAUCAUAUCCCCUUAUAUGUACGAAACCAUUCAUUUUAGAGGAUACUGCAAGAAAAAAAACACCCAAAAGAAAGCAAAUAAUUUAAAACCGUUUCAGUACAUCUGUUAGGGUUUCAAUUCAUUUAAAUUGACUGGUGUGGUUUUGGUCCCUUUCAGCAGAAAUAUCAACUGAAAUGGUUUUGUACAGAAAAAAAGGAUAGAUAUAUAAAUAAAUAUGAAUUACUAUAACCUACAUUUAUAGAAGUAUUUGCCCCAGGGCAUGAAUGACUUAAUAACAUGGUGGACAGACACACAACUCUGUGUUUAUGCGAAAGCCUUCUGUGAAAAUAUAUAGACAAAUGGAGGAUUUCUCAUGAAUGAAUGCUGCAUAGUUCUUUCUUGUUAUUUUGGACAUUCUACCACAGAAAAUUGUCUCCAUCCAAAAACAUUUCUUAACUGAAUUUCUUAUUAUCAUUUUCAUAUUUUCUUUCAGCAGAAGCAAUGGUUUUGAGACUGACAUCAAGGCAAGCGUUCAAUAGCACCAAAUGGUAGGCCUACAGGCUAUGAUUUAAUACCCUGAACAUGCCAUUUUACUAACAUAAACUACGGUUAUAGGAAUAUGGAACCACAACACUUAUAACCAAAGGAGUAUUAUUAAGGCGUCUCUUCAUGCAGAAGAUGAGUUAUUAGUCAUAACAGUAGAAUAUGAUUUCCAAUGUUAGGAUCAGAUUCUCUGUCUAAACACACCCUAUAUAUUUAGUCUAUUCCAGUAAGACAUUCCUAACAGACAUUAUUUCCAGCAAGCCGGUACAUUUCUCUAACCAUUAGCUUAUACAGAAGUAAUGCGGGGGAAACUGCCCAAUUUAUAUUCUCAUUGUUUUUGUGAAGCACUUAAAAAUUCCUUCAAGAGGAGAUCAUAUUAAAUACGAGUGGUAUUGCUUAUUCUCGCUAUACAUUUGCAGGAUAGUUUAAAGCUGCUAUUGCUCGGUAUGUCACAAGAAACUUUGGCCUGCUGGGAUUUUAGCAUGUGUUUGGUUCAAGAGCAAUCCCACAGUAGCCUACUUCACAUCUCUUAUCCGUCGGACAUACUUGUAUGUAUGUCUUAAAGUAGCCUAAAGAACAAAAAGAGGGUAACCAACCACUUCCUUCGUUGACAAAAUGCACAGCAUGUUGUUUUCAGUUCAUUUAGCAUGUGUGAAAGGGGCGUACCCCACGUUUUAUAACUAACUACCCACUGGGGGGCGAAGUGAUGCAUUCCACAGCUGUACAGACCAGAGACUUGUACACACACUCACCACGGGUAGGGAACAAGUGGUCACAGAAGCUUCUAGAAGUCGGAUUCAGUACUUUUAGAAUUGUAGCCUGUGGCUCGCUGUACGCAUACGCCUGUAUUUAGCCUUUCGUGUAGACAAGCCGUUAUAAGGCUUGGAUUAUUUGAUAUAUACCCCACCAGUUACCGUCUUUUUGCCUCUGAUGAUGCUCAUGCAAGAAAGUUAGUGCCAUUAUGGCCACCAGUUAAAAAACAUGAAGUAUUACAGUUUCUAUUUUGAGAAUCGGAGAAACCGAAAAAGGAAACCUGUAUUAUUUGGAGGCGUACUAUUUUUCCACUAUGCGUGUUGAAUCGGCCAGUGUGUUUUAGAAAAUAACAAUAAGACAAAAAAGUAUCAGAGAAAACAUGUAUGAUACGCCCACAACAUCGAGGCGUGAGUCGUUGUCCUUGUUUAAGAUACAGGAGCACUUUAUUGACGUUGACAUGUUUAGAUUAUAGUGGCGUUUGGCACUUUACCUCACAAACGUUGAGGGGACGUCUGUGGCGUUUAAAAAUAAUAACCUUUCGUGUGUGAAAUCAACCUUCUUCAGGAGGCCAGCGCUAUAGGUGUGAAGUCCUUGUUAGCUCUCGGUAAAUGCUGUAUGUGGAUGGAAACAUGAGAUGUAGCUACGUGUAAAUAAUGUGCUGCUGGCUGCCAAGAUUUACCUGCAAUGUUUUGCAUGUUAUGCCCAUUAAAACAAUUUCCAUUAUAACCUU